CAACAGUGCUCUCACAACUCACAAAUAUCUCUCUCUAGUUUUUUUUUUCUCUGGGUAUAAAUUUCAGUAAUACAUGUAUCUACACUCUCCCCCACUCUUCUCUCUCUAAGAAACUUCCCUUUUUGAAUUUCGACAGAUUUUGAGAGAGAGAGAGAGAGAGUUGGAAGAAGAAAGGUAAAGAAAAAAGAAAAGGCUAACAGUGUUUUUUGCAACCCUGAUGAGUAGUCAUGUGCUGUUUGGUUCAAGAUGCAAAUGCGUGUGUGGAGCUUAAGAAGGAGUUUCAGUACUUUUGUGUGUUUAAGUUUGUAUUUCGAUAGGGAAAAAGAAGAGCGGAGGCCUAAAAUUUUAAAUUGUCCUGGCUGAUUAUUUUUUUUUGGGAAAAUGUUCUUCAGUGGGUUUGUUUCUGGGUUGUGGUUUUCUUCAUGCGGUUUUUUAAUCUUUUUGUUAUUUUUUUUCUUCGAUCGGUGAUAUCAAUGCAGUUUUAGGUAAUCAGGUGAUGCGCCAAAUUUGCCUGCAUGGAAUGCUGAGUUAAAGAUCUGAAACUUAGAGUGUCUACAUUUUGUGAGAAAAUGAAUAUCUGGAGUUCUAUGGUGUGGUUGUGAAGGAAUGGUCAAUCUUGCACCUGUGGAUUGAACUGCACUGGGAAGCUAAAUAAGAUAAAUAGUCAAAACCGAAACAGAUGGAGUGAGGAAUCAAUGCUUUGGAUGCAAUGUUAAAGGCAUUAGUAUCACAGCUGUUGAUUUUAUUGUUCUUUCUUUCCAUAUCGGCUGCUGAUAAUGGGUUUCCUCGCUGUAAUUGUGAUGAAGAGGGAUCUUGGAACAUCGAUACUAUUAUGGAAUGCCAAAGAGUUAGUGAUUUCUUGAUUGCUGUGGCCUACUUCUCCAUCCCUGUGGAGCUGCUUUACUUUGUUAGCUGUUCAACUAUUCCAUUCAAAUGGGUGCUUUUUCAGUUCAUUUCGUUCAUCGUCCUCUGUGGAAUGACUCAUUUACUGAAUGGCUGGACUUAUGGACCUCACCCUUUUCAGCUAAUGCUUGCUCUCACUAUUUUCAAAUUCCUCACUGCACUGGUUUCUUUUGCAACUGCUAUAACACUUAUUACCCUCAUUCCGUUAUUGCUGAAAGUCAAGGUCAGAGAGUUUAUGCUGAAGAAGAAGACUUGGGAUCUUGAUCGGGAGGUUGGACUUAUAAAGAAGCAGAAAGAAGCUGGCUGGCAUGUUCGGAUGCUAACCCAAGAGAUCCGGAAGUCUCUUGAUCGGCAUACAAUACUGUAUACAACUUUGGUUGAGCUAUCGAAGACCCUAAAUUUGCAGAACUGUGCUGUAUGGAUGCCGAAUGUGGGUAAAACAGAAAUGGACCUAACUCAUGAAUUGAAGGGAAGAGACUUCACCGCACCUAUUCCUACAAGUGACCCUGAUGUGAGAGGGAUUAAGGGAAGCGGUGGAGUGAAGAUACUCACUCCUCAUUCGGCCCUUGCUGCUGCAAGUAGUGGAGGAAUGGCUGAACCAGGAUCUGUAGCUGCAAUUAGGAUGCCAAUGCUGAGAGUUUCUAAUUUCAAAGGUGGGACGCCGGAGAUGGUUCAGGCCUGUUAUGCCAUUCUAGUUUUGGUUCUUCCAGGGGGACAGGGUAGAUCUUGGAGCCACCAGGAACUUGAAAUAGUAGAGGUGGUUGCCGACCAAGUCGCUGUGGCCCUUUCGCAUGCGUCAGUUCUUGAAGAGUCUCAAAUUAUGAGAGAGAAAUUAGAGGAUCAAAAUCGAGCAUUACAACAAGCAAAACAAGAUGCAUUAAAGGCAAGCCAAGCCCGGAAUGCGUUCCAGAUGGUAAUGAGUAAUGGCUUAAGAAGGCCUAUGCACUCAGUCCUGGGCCUGCUGUCUGUGUUGCAGGACGAAAAUUUAAAAAGCGAGCAGCGGCUUCUUGUCGAUACCAUGGUUAAGACUAGUAAUGUCCUUUCGACCUUAAUAAAUGAUGUAAUGGAUAUUUCGGCAAAAGAAAGAAGAUUUCCUCUGGAGAUGAGGUAUUUUCAAUUGCAUUCUAUGAUAAAAGAAGCUGCUUGUCUCUCCAAGUGUCUUUGUUCUUAUAGGGGUUACAAUUUUGAGAUUGAUGUCAAGAAGUCCUUGCCAAAUCAUAUCGUUGGUGAUGAAAGAAGAGUAUUUCAGGUUAUUUUACAUAUGGUUAGCAAUCUGCUGAAUGGAAGCAAAGGAGGAGGGAGCCUUAUGUUACGAGUGUAUUCAGCCAGUGGAACUCAGGGACAAAACGAGCAAAGACGGGGCCACAGAAUAUCAAACUCAUCUGAUGGGUAUCUUCAUAUGCGGGUUGAAGUUGGGAUUCGCCAUACUGCCUCUCAGGCAAAGUACAUACUUCCUGAAAUCCCUUUUGGUGGCUAUAAAUACCGUGAUGCAGUUGAGGAAGGCUUGAGCUUUAGUGCAUGCAGGAAACUAGUUCAGUUAAUGCAAGGAGACAUCUGGGUGAUAUCUAAUCCAGAAGGUUUCGAUCGAAGCAUGGCUCUUGUUUUGCGGUUUCGAGUCCGGUCAUCCAUUUUAAGAGGCAUUUCCGAACAUGGUGAAGCUUCAGAUCAUGUGCAUGCAUACUCACUUUUCAGUGGCCUGAAAGUUCUUCUAGCUGACCCCAAUGAUGUAAAUAGAGCUGUAACCCGGAAAUUCCUUGAGAAGCUGGGAUGUAUCGUAUCUACUGUCUCAUCUGGAUACGAAUGCCUGAGUGCUCUUGGUCCCUUGUCAUCGUGUCAAAUCGUGCUUCUGGAUCUUCAUUUGCCGGACGUAGAUGGCCUCGAUGUUGCCAUGAGACUUAGGAAGUUUCAUAGCCACAGCUCACCAUUGAUAGUUGCCUUGACCGCAAAUGACGACGAAGAUACGAGGUAUAGAUGCCUGCAAACUGGAAUGAAUGGCGUUAUACAGAAAUCAGGUGCGUUUCAAGAGAUUGCCGACGAGCUUAAGCGGAUCUUGCUGCGUGCCAAUAAAAUUUAGUCUCAACAUCACGAGCCUCGUGGACUAAUGCUACCUUGUAAGAAUUAGCAAAGAGAAAUUUAUUGUUAUAAACAGCUACUUGGACCAGUCCGGCAGAGAGAUGUUACAUAGAAAACAGUGAUAGUUAAAAUGGUAUAGAAAAUUUGCAUUUCAUUCUCUUCA